AUGAGGCAGUCCCUAUUGUCAGUCGUCUUUGCUGCUGCACUCCUACUCAACUGUAACGCACUGUCGAUGCUGUUACCCAUGGCCAAGACUGACGACGGGUCCUUGGAGCAAGAAGUCUUCAACUCGCUGCUGAAUGACGAGGCAACGGAGAACAGCCUGGCCGACGCAGAUCCGGCUGCUGUGACCAGAGGGCGGACGCCGAAGCUGAUCGUCAUCGCCGCUGAUCCAACCAUCUGGAGGGACCUGCGAGUUCAGCAGAGCGGCCUGUCUGUCUACAAGCGAAGAGCCGACGACAGCAACCAGGUCGGUGAGCACGGAGUCGACGGCCAGCAGCUGAGCAUCCCCAUCCUGAGGAGGGACAGCAUGAGGUGCAUGGUGGGACGGGUGUACCGUCCCUGCUGGGAGGUCUAGGACGUCUCGUUCUGCUCCACAAGGCAACCAAACAGAUGAAAAAAGCAAAA